CAAACCUCACAAUUUGUUUUCCUCCUCUCAUAAUAAGAUUCCUUGAGGAGGCGCCUUUCUCUUUCUCUCUCUUCCAUUCUUCGUACGCCGCUGCGACCGACGAGCAAACCCUAGGGUUUCAAUCUAAUCGGAGCCCGCCAUAGGAUCUUUUAUCAUCAGAUCUUCAACUCAAUUAGAAGGAUCUACAGUUUCAGAUCUUUCGAUUUUCAACCCUAGUCGAAGAAUUUAAUUUUUAGGGUUUCUACGAUUGGAAUCGUUGUUGAUUAGAGAGGAAUUGGGGAAAAAAAAAGAGGGGUUUAAUUUGAUUGUUGUUGUUGUAAUUGAUAUUGUUGGGGAAGAUGGCUCGAUGUUUUCCAUUCCCGCCACCUGGGUAUGCUGGGAAGUGCUCAAGCCACGAGGCCUUGAUCUUAUCGAUUAAGGUUUGUUGAGCCCCAAAAACACCCAAAUUUUGAAAAAUCGAAAUUGUGUGUAGUUUUUGUUUAUCCAAAGUAUGAUGAUGACAUGCUCGACAUGCUCUUUGCUAAAUUUGUGUUAAAUUAAUUGUAUAUAUUUAUGUAAAAGAAUUAGUGAAUAUUCAGAUGUAAAUUGUAAUUGAUUUAGAAAAAGAAAGAACAGAAAAGGGUACCAAUCGCUCGUUAUUGUAUGAUUUUUGGCUAAUUCUUGCGUUCAAUAGCUAGAUCUUAUGUACAUAAUACCGAAUCCUUUGUUGUCUGAUAGACGAACUCAUUGGGGCUGUAUUGAGAAUCCGAAGCAAUGGUCAUAUAGUUGAACGGAUGAAUUUGGGUUUAUAAGGCUGUGAUUUCCCAUUGUGUUAUUCGUUGAUUCUCGGGGUUUAAUCUGCGUUGAACCCUUUAUUCUGAGGAAUAGGUUGCCUUGUAUAAAAUAGUGCGAAUUGUCAAAACUAUUUUGGGAUAAGACUAUUUGGAUGAAAGGUACUGAUAUUGCGGGUUUCUUAUAUUGUAAAGAGUUUUAAGUUGCCUUCUAAGACAGUUAAUGGCACCCCAUGAUUAUAUGUAGUAUUUGUAGCUACUUCACCAAGUGGGUUUUUUUAUUGUUUGAAAAUGUCAAUGAUUUUUCUGAAAAAUUGUUUCAAAGUUGUUUUACAGAAAUGUUUUAACCAAUCAGUGUGCUCUGUCCUACUCUGGAUGUUAUUCAAUCUCUUUCUUUCAAAAUGUAUUUGAGUUGGGAAAAGGUUACUGUGUUGAAAAUUUGUUUACUGUGCAUGAUCUGCAAUGGUUUCUGGCUUUUGAAAGUUUUUUGGGUGCAAAUGGUUUCUUUGUGCACUCUGUAUGUUAAUGUGCAGUGAUUCCCAAUGAUGUUCUAUGUUGGAUUCGUUUUCGGGGUGCUGGCAUUCUUCCUGUUGCACUCGAGUGUUGGGAAGAUUAUGUCCUUGGGCACCCCUGAAUUUCCUGACAUGCUUUGAUGAGUGAACUUGUCUAGUUUAAAGACAUAUGGUUGUUACCCUUUGCAUGCAUUCGGAUAAGUUGUGGACUUGAAUGGAUUGUGAAUCUCUCCAUUCUCCCAGUCAUGCUUGUUUUAUUGGAUUGCUGCCAUUGUUAUGGUCUGAAUUUCUAUCCCAGUGCCAUUAUAUGGUCUGAAUUUUCUACUCUGGUGCUUUUAAAGCUCCAAAAAGAAAAGGAGAAGGCCAACUUGAACAGGGAAGUAGAGAAGUGCAUCUCAGAGAGGGGAACAGAAAAGUCAAAAGCAUCUUCAGAUAAGAAGAAAGACAAAGAAGACAGGAAGGAAAAGAAAAGAGACAGAGAAGAUCGUAAGGAGAAGAAGAAAGACAAAGAAGAACGGAAGAAGGAGAAGAAAGAAAAGAAGAGAGAGAAGAGGGCUAAGGAGGCUACUGCUCCUGCUGAAAGCGGGAAGCAGGGUUUUGCUGAUAAGUUAUUAAAAACUGAAAAUGUGCUGGCAGAAUCUAAAGGGAAGUUGGCUGUGAAAGGUGCAGAAUUGCUGGAGAGGAGCAGUGUUACUGAGGAACAUGGUCGGCCUAUUGACUCUCAGAAUGCUCCUUGCUCUUCUGAUAGCACAGGAAAUAGUGGCAAGAGGAAGAGGUCAAUGCCAUCUCCUAGUGGCAUUCAGAGUAAUGGAAACAUAAUUAGAAUUCGGUUGUCAACUUCUCAAAAAAGAGAGGAACCUAGUACAUCAGGAAGCAAAGGGCAAGAAUUUAGUCAGUUGCUGCAGACUAGAGAAGACCCUGUCAUAUUACACAGUCAAGUGCGGCCUUGUGUCAGCAGUGUAAGACCAGAUACAUCAAUUAGAGGAAAAGAUGUCUCUGGAUUGAAAGCGAAGACAAGUGUUAUCUUAGAGACUCCAGGUCUUGAUGCUUCUGCUUCCACAAGUAGUGCUACUUUGCAACUAGUUCCAGCAGAUGUCUCUUGUUUAAAAGCAAAGACAACUGCAUCGGCGUCUCAGAAGGAAAUACCCUCAUCUCAUGACAAGAUUCAGUCUAGGGAGAAGUUGGAGAAGUUAUCAUCUCAUGAUAAGAGGGUGCAGAAGAAAGAGUUGACAUGUAAAAAAUUGUUUGUGGAUUGGGUGCCACCUCCACUUGAAAUAACACUAGUGGUUGACCAGGAUGAUGAUGAAGAUUGGCUAUUUGGUAAGAAGGGUGGAGAUAAAUCAACCAAGAGAUUGAGAGUCAGUGAUGAUGGUGUUAACAAUCUCCCAUGCUCGGCAUCUGCUGUAAUGCAGCCACGUGCUCAUUUCUUGGCCGAUGCAGGCAUUUAUGCAUUGCCCUUCACUGUGCCGUACUAAGCUCAUCAUUUUUCACUUCAGACAGUGAAUGGUGAACGAUGCUGGUACUUGUACUAUCGGGAAUACCCUUAUGUUUGCUUGAACCUCCAAAAUGGGGAGGCUGACUUUUGGAGUGAAGGAUGAGAUCUCAGACUCACACAUGUUAAAGUACUAUGAUUGGGUUUUGGUAAAUUGGCGGGGAUGGUUACAUUUUGGUGUACUAGUGUAGGGUCUGAUGUUUGUCCUAUUUUUUGAUGUAUUUGAACUGUAAAUAUGAUCUACUAAUACGUUUGUCCGUUGGACUUACUAAUACGAACACUACUUUGAUUGACAAA